AUGGCUUCUUUUAACGAAUCCAAUUCUGCUUCCGCUGACAAAUUAUCAGCUAAGAACAACAGAAGGUCAGAUGAAUCUUCCGCUGGAAAGAAGAAUUCAGGUGGUCUUAACUUCCGAAGAUUCUUCUUCCCGUCCUGCUCGGUUUCACUUCUCGUUGUCGCCAUUUAUAUGUUGCUACUAAAGAUAACCCCUCUGGACAGCAAGGUUAUAUCACAAAUACAAGCAAGGAAUUUAUCCGAGAUAAAUGAAAAUAAGUGUUUGAGAAAUGGAAACUCAGAUAAGAAUGCAGGUUCCUCCGAUUCUGAUUCCGAUGAUGACAUUUUAUCCGGGUUUGAUGGAAUGGAUUUAGAUGAAAAUGAAGAAGCGGAUGAUUUGGAUUUCCAUCAAAAUGAGGAAGAAAAAUAUGAUGGGAAGUUUGACUUAUGUAAUGUUGAUGUGCCUGGGCUUAUGGAAGCCGAAAUAAUAUUUAACAGCGAUGUAACUAAAGAAGAACUGGAGGAACUGAUCAAUAACAUGGAAGAAAUGCCAUCGAAGAAUGAAAUUGUCAAAAUGUGGAAACGUGCAUAUGCUCUUGAAGGACAAGAAUUUUACGAAAUGAUAAAUGGUUUAUUCGAAUAUUUCAAAGAGUUAAGCGAAAAACAUAAAGUAGAGGAAGAAUAUGCUGGCCUUCAAUGGAGCAACAUCAUGUCCAUUUUUUGUGACAUCUUAACAGAGAAGGAGGAGUACUAUAUUAAUCUUUUCUACGACUUAGUGAUGAAAAAUAAGUUGACCAAAGAGGAAUUUGUGAAUUUCAUGAAAAACUGUAAAAAGGAGUCUGCUGAGUUGAGAGAAUCAUUACGCAUCUUCGGGAAAAGUGAAUUGGAUGAAAAAAUGAUUCCAAAAGAAUCAGAAAAUUAA